UCCAUUGUUGCAACGUCAGUAUAGAUAUUUUUAAUUUGGUUUGUGAAGCAUUUACUUUAAGAUUUAUUACUUUCUUCGAAAAAUACUUUAAAGCAUCAAAAUGAGCAGAAAUUAUAAAGAAGAUCAAAUGAACGAAAUCGAGGCGCUGGAGUCUAUAUACUACAGUGAAAUGGAAGUGCUCGAGACAGAACCUUUUCACAAAUUCAGCAUAACCAUUGCUACAGAAGAAUAUAACGCCGAAGAGGAAUCGAGUGGCAUGGCGUGCAAACUGGUAUUUGCUUACACACCUACUUAUCCCGAUGAAGCGCCUGAAGUGUCAAUAGAAGAGACUGAGAAUGUGGAAAAACUUUACGAAGAAAAACUAUUGGAGCACCUCAAAAAAAGUAUUGAAGAAAAUAUUGGCAUGGAAAUGAUAUUCUCAUUAGUAAGCAGCACACAAGAAUGGUUGAAUGAACGUUGGGAUGAUUAUAAGUUGCAUGAGCAAGAAGAACGUGCCCGCAAAAUUUUGGAAGCAGAAGAGAUGGAGCGAAAAAAAUUCGAGGGCACACGUGUAACGGUUGAGUCCUUCCUGAAAUGGCGGUCAGAGUUUGAGGAGAGCACAGGCAUAGCGGCGAAGCGCGAGAAAAAUAAUGACUGCAAAAAAUUAACCGGCAAAGAAUUGUUCAUUCGUGACACUACACUGAACGAGUCCGAUAUCAAAUUCUUGCUCGAAGCUGGCGAUUCAAUUGAGAAUGUCAAAAUCGAUGAGACCCUAUUUCAAGAUAUUGGCGAUUUAGAGAUAGAUGACGACGACGACUCUAACGAUGAAGACUGGGUGCCUGAUGCCGAUGAUGAUUAGUUUAUAACUGAGAGAUAUGCCUUAUGGUCGUGUUUUCUAUAUAAUUUUAGUUAAACAAUUGAGUUAAAUACAUUCGCUUACACAUUUAUUAAA